AUGCUACUUGGAGGAGUUGUGACACCUGCGCUGCUUACGGAAGAUACCGAGCUAGAGACCGAGCUGGUGCUUGAUGCGAUCGAGGAUGACACGCUCGAGGCAGAGCUAAUGGCAGAGCUGACGCUUAAGCUUUCAGAUGAAGAAGAUGAAGAAGCGGAGCUUGCUGAAGAGCUGGCGCUUGAGCUCUCAGAUGAAGCAGAUGAAGAAGCGGAGCUUGCUGAAGAGCUGGCGCUUGAGCUUCCAGACGAAGUAGAUGAAGAAGCGGAGCUUGCUGAAGAGCUGGCGCUCGAGCUUCCAGACGAAGCAGAUGAAGAAGCGGAGCUUGCUGAAGAGCUAGCGCUUGAGCUUCCAGACGAAGCAGAUGAAGAAGCGGAGCUUGCUGAAGAGCUCAUAGUCGACGUGGUAGAUGGGCUGCUAGUUGCACUCGUAGUCGUAGUCGUAGUCGUCGUUCGCGUUGUGCUGGUGACCGUAGUAGAGAAUGGUGAUGGCGUUGCAGAGCAGAAUCGCGAAGUCGAUGCGGGCAACGGCGUGGUGUUUGCUUCAUUGUAG